UUAAAAAUGAACAUAGUGUGCUGGUUGUUGUUGCUGCCAAUGCCAUGGCUAUGGAUAGUAGCCUCGGCAACUUCAACGGAGAAGCCCAACUGCCCUAAAAAAUGCGGCAAUAUCACCAUCCCUUACCCUUUCGGCAUAGGAAACCCCCGGUGUUCCAUGAACAAAAGCUUCCUGCUAAAAUGCAAUCAUUCAAAGUCAUCGAAUUCUUCUUCCAAGCUCCUACUCGGUGACUUGCAGGUACUGAAUAUAUCGGUGGAGGAAGGCACGGUUACAGUCUCCACAUACGUGCCGUAUUACUGUUACGACAUGGAUUGGAUUGGGCUAGACUAUUGGUUAUACCAAGUGAACUUGACCGGAACACCAUUCACCUUCUCUGCCACUGAAAACAGAUUCAUUGCGAUUGGUUGUGAUACUGUGGCAUACAUGGCGGACUCCGAUGGCACACGGUUUGGAUACGGGUGUACCUCCGUGUGCUACCAUCCAGUGAACCUGACCCGUGAGGGUCCUUGUUCAGGGAUCGGAUGCUGUCAAACCCAAAUCCCUAAUGGCGUCAAGACCUUAGACAUGAGUAUCCAAUCAGUGUAUAAUUAUUCAUAUUCCAGCAAAUUUAGUCCAUGCAACUAUAUUUUCUUGGCCAGGAAAGAUUGGUUCGACUUCUCAACCAUAGAUCUCAUAAGGCUCACGAAUGUCGACAGAAAGCCACCGACAGUACUCGAUUGGGCUGUAGGAGAAGAAACAUGCGAAUCGAUGGAUCUGUCCUACGCCUCGUCCUCGAUCUACCCAUGUGGACCUAACACUAACUGCGUCAACUCCAACAAUGGCCCUGGAUAUCGUUGUGUGUGCAAGCCUGGAUACCAAGGCAACCCCUACCUUUCUGAAUCACAAGGAUGCAAAGACAUAGAUGAAUGCUUGGAUCAAACAAUAUAUCAUUGCGAAGGGACGUGCAAGAAUACCCAAGGAAAUUACACUUGCCACUGCCCACUCGGCAUGUCUGGUGAUGGCAAAGUUGCUUGCCAAGGAUUUCGUGUUACUACUCUAAUUGCAGUUUGUGGGAUGCUCAUAUUUCUGGCCUUUAUGAUAAUUGUAGCAUGGAUAGAGUGCAAGAGAAGAAAGAAACAUAGAAAUUUCCAGCAAAAUGGAGGUUCAUUGUUAAAGAAUCAAAAAAUUAGAAUCUUCAGUGAAAAAGAGCUUGUGAAGGCAACUGAGAACUAUGAUAAUAGUCGACUUCUCGGCCGAGGAGGUUCUGGUGCAGUGUACAAAGGAGUUUUAGAAGAUGGGUCACUAGUAGCUGUUAAGAAGCCUAAUGUAGCAGACAAGACUAAAAUCAAACACUUCCAAAGAGAAGUAAUAAAGCAAGCAUUUCAACAUGAAAUCAGCAUAGUCUCUCAGGUCAAUCACAAGAAUGUGGUGAAGCUUUUAGGGUUGUGUCUGGAGACAAAGUUCCCAUCACUAAUUUAUGAGUUCAUCUCCAAUGGAUCACUAUUCGAUCACCUCCAUGUCAAGCGUUCGGCGAUGCUAAAAUCAUGGGCAAAUCGUCUGAGGAUUGCUGCAGAGAUAUCACUAGCACUCGACUAUCUGCACUCGCUUGCUAACCCACCAAUUAUCCACAGAGAUGUUAAGUCCAUGAACAUACUUUUGGAUGAGAAAUUCACUGCAAAAGUUUCUGAUUUCGGAGCUUCUGUCCUGAUUCCAUUUGGUCAAAGUGUUGUAGACACCAAAAUACAUGGAACACAUGGGUACUUGGACCCGGAGUACUUGAUUACAGGUUUAUUAACAGUAAAGAGUGACCUUUACAGCUUUGGGGUUGUCCUUAUGGAACUAUUGACAGGACAGAAGCCAAUUCUUAAGCGAAGAAAUCCUGAGGAAAAUGUGAACUUCAUUCAAUAUUUCAUUUCCUCGGUGGAACAAAAAAAAAUUUCUCAGGUUUUGAUGAACUGUGAGGAUGUUGACAGGAGGGAAAGUGAGCAAAUUGAAGCAGUGGCUGAGCUUGCUGUGAGAUGUCUCAACAGCAGCGGUAUAGAACGACCUACAAUGAAGGAAGUGGCUGAACAACUCAAUGGGCUUAUGAAAUUACAUGAGACCUUUGAAGCUCGGGAAAAUGAUGAAGAGAUGGAGAGCUUGUUAGGCAAAGAAAAUGAUGCAAUGUUUUACUCAAUAUCAGAAACCCAUUACAUGACAGCAUUUGAUAUUGAACUUCAGUAAAUGUGACAGUUGAAGAAAUAAAACUUACAAACUUUGUUAUUUGCAGAAGAAGCAUAUGCUUGAAAGGAAGGUUAAUUAGGCAGCUUCUUGUAGCUAGGAGGUUAUGGUCUAUCAAUAUUUUCUAUCUA